CAGCUGAUCUAUUGAGUCGACGCGCACUACAGAGAGAGAUAGGUAGUCGUUAGGAAGUAUACCAUUGCGUUGGCUUUCAGCUUUGUCGAAUCCUCCCUUGCAUCAUCGACCAAAUCGGGCAGUUUUUUUCAAAAUGGUGCGAAUCGUGUGUCCAAAUUUCCAGCGGCCGAGAAGCCGACACACUUCUGGUGAGUCGGUGAGCAGCGUGAACGACCUGGACGUCGUCACCCGGCGAACGAACCCGCCGCAGGGAGGACACGGGGUGGACGGCAGGGACUUGACGGAAUCCGACUGUGGAAUGUCCAGCGAUUCCUUCUGGGAGUCCGACGGGGGGUACUCCGUUGAUGGGUGUGGCUGCAAGAACGACGCAGACGACAGAGAGGCUAUUUUAAGCUGUAGAAGGCAGCGGCGGAGAGAGAGAAACAAGAAGUCGGCCCAGGCUUACAGAGCUCGUAGAAGAGAACAAGAUCUCUCCCAGAAGAAGACGCUGGCGAUACUGGAGGACCAGCAGAAGGAGUUGAUGACGAAGCUGCACCGUCUGGAGGACGAGAAGUCGCAGCUGGAGACGUAUCUACGGUCCAACUUUCGCAACAAGACCGUGCCUUGGCGGCUUAUACCCAGCAGCGACCUCGUGCCUCACGCGCCCAUACAUGUCGACCCGCCCCGGUCUCCCCCUCCCCAAACCGUCCCUGAGGUCAUGAACGUUUCGUGAGCUGUUGCGUUGGACUGGUGACAACACUCGCUUGAACCGGCAGAUGGCGUGUCAUGUAAAACGUCAUAACUGCAGACGUUGGACAGUGUUUUGCGCAUGUGUGAAAUGUGACCCCUACUUGGAAUACAAGAUGUCUGUCUACCAGUGAAGCCAUUUUGUUCAUUCUAGUAGUCUGUGAGAGAAAGAAAAAGACAGAACAUCAUUUGUUUUCAAUCAAUAUCUCAAGAUCUCAUAUCUAUCAUUUCACAGUGUUUAUUCGUGGCAAAAACAACCAACAACAAAGACUGUGCUACACGUGUAAUUAUUGACUUGUUAUGUUUGCCUAUCCUGGAUUUAGCAUUUUAGGGAGAUUCCAAAACUUUCUGUUUAUGUAUUCUGGAACAGCUGCAUGUUUUCAAAAUAUAAUUGAUACCAAUAAUUUAAUUCUGUUCUGUAGAAAUUAGGUACUUAUCAAGUUUUCCACGUGACGUCAUAUCUUGCGGAGACGUUUGUAUUGGUUAAUUAUUGUAUUUGUUAGUGGUUAAAAAUAAGUUAUUCAAACAAUUGAGUCAAGUAAAUAUUAAAAAAUAUUAAAACCAAGUUUAGUAAUAACAAUGAAAUGCAAUAACAUAAAUAAUCGAUUUUAAGAAAAAGUACUUUUAAGAAUACAAUAUCCGUUGUGUUUGGCCUUUAUCAAAAUAGAUUUCCUAGCCAUGUGUUAAGCCGAGGUUUCAUUUUAAACUAAAAUAUACUGUAACGUAUUAUUUUAAACUGUAAUGCUGAACAUUAUAAUACAAAUUUAAGAAAUAUUAAUUUUAAUGUGGAACGUAAUAACGUAAAAUUAAAUGUAAAUUUUUAACAGAAUUUUUUUUUAAAAAUACACUAAGACGGCAAAGGUUUAAUUGUUAAAAAGGCGUCAUAUAAUUGUUAGUUUUUGAGUAACUCUUUCUUGCGUCAGUUAGUCCCAAUUAGUUUAAUGCGCAUGCGUCGCGGACUUGCAUCAGCCUGUUUACUUGGUAAAGGCUGUGGAAAGUUACUGCAAAUUGACACUCACUUGCUACACUUCACAAUUAACAUUUCUAGAACCAUGGGCGUAGAGAUGACCUUGUUCGAAAUUAUGCAUGUUAUUUAUUUAUUUAUUUAUUUGUUUGUUUGUUGAUAUUACAUUUUCAUUGCAUUAUCUUCGCCCUACCCUUUUAAUGAAUGAAGUUUAUGGUGACUACAUUAUAAGAGAAAAAGUUACUUUUAUUGGGAUUUAAAAAUUGAUCGAAACAUAUUUUAUUGUUUGAAAAAAACCCCACAAAUUGAUUAGGCACAAAUUGGACAACUUACUAGGCCUUCUCCAUAAUAAAGAUGUUAAAUAUAUUAACUUUAAAAGAACAACACAAUUAUGAAAGAGGCACACACAUAUUAUUACAUUCUUCUUUCGUUAGCAAACUUUUAACAAAACUUUUUAAUUUCUUAAUAUCUUAAAAUAUACUUCAAGUGUAUAUUAUAAGUAUUCAGAGUGCCCAUUUAACAAGGUAUAUUAGCAGGGUACUUUGUAUAUGCUACAAUCCACCAACGGUUCAGGCAUGUCUACCCUGGGCACGGGUUCAGUCGUGUACCGAAAAACGUGCCAUGGCAGAUUUGUAUUAAGAAUUAAUCAUGUAUAUAUUUACCUUCAAAAUGCUGAAUUCCAGUUUUGUCUACAUCGAAGUUAUAUAUAUGUAUAAUAUAUCAUAUAUCGUGUUAUCAUUGAUAGGAAUUUACCCCGGACCCCGAAAGUGAAUGUGAUAAUCCAGGUGUAGAGGUAAUUAGCAGGUAUAGUUUUAUUGCGGAGCUGGUUAAAACAUCCUGUCUUCGUUAUUUUCCACUUUACUACUCUUGUACGUUUGUCAUACGUUUGUUGAUGAUGGAAAUAUGUCCUUACAGUCUUUCAUAUUUUUCUAAGAGAAUAAAAGUUGUGUUAGAUGAA